CACUUGGAUGCGUGCACCUACGGGAGAGACAGCAGCUUAGACAGCGCGUACUUAAAUAGCAAAACAAUAGAAGCUGUUUUAAAAAAAGGGCCAACUCAUAGGCUAUAGAUUGUAUUUUGUUUAGUAUUACCUUUGUAUAAACUUAGCAAAUUAGUUUAAUCGAUCUCUAAAAAGUUUUACAGGAGUCAUGAAAAACAAGUCCUGCUAACUACUCGAGUAGCAACUGCGGUGCAGCUUGGCAACAGAGCUAGCACUCAAAAGGAAGCACUAAAUUAACCCGAGAAAACAAACGACUGAAAUGAGCACGUCAGUUGACUUUGUGUAGAGUUCAGCGUUGUCUGUGAAAGUUGCGUUCUGUCCUCCAAACUUUACUUUGCUAGCGACACUAAGCAACAGUUUGCUGCGGCUGUCGGUCCAUGCGUGGGAGGGAGGGAUGUGUAGCCGCGGCGGAGUUGGGGUCGCCCGGGGCAGCUCAGGUCUGCAGCCGAUGAAGGCGACUGUCCCCUUCCAGCUUAGCAACAGUAGCAGCAGCAAACCUCAGCCGGCUCUGAGAGAUGCCAAGUCAGCUGCAGUGUAUGAGAAACCGCUGUGGUGCUCACUGAAUGGACAGAUUCCACACAGCCAGUCAUUGGACUCCAUUGUGGGUCCGUAUCUGCAUGGACACUGGCCAAAGGAUGGAGCACACUAUAAGAAGGACAAAUCCACCCAGACUCCAGCCUCGUGGGCGGACGACCAGCAGAGCAGCCCGGGAGGAGGCAUCCAUAAGCGCUCGGCAUCAUGGGGCAGUGCGACGCACAGAGAGGUGUCCCGACAGCGUCAGCAGCAGCAGCAGCAUGCUGUGGUCCUGGGCGGUAGCCUGGAUAGGAGGAGGACCCACGCGCUCACACAGGCUGGCUCCUCACCCUGGAUCACUCAGAGCCAGCCUGUGACCAUCCCUCUUAAUGCCCUCCACACUCGACUGAGACACAGUGAGGAGAAACUGGACCAGGAGCUGGAGACCAUCUUUAAACACCAAACACUACUGCAACUCCCAGAUUUCCUGGUCCCUAAUGGACGUAGAGGUCCAGUCCCCCCGUACAGCAACUGCAGCAGCUACAGUGAGCAUCAAAGCGGCCUCUCUUCCUCCUCCUCCUCCUCCUCUCCUUCCUCCUCUCCCGCCUCGUCCCUCUCCUCCUCCUCCUCCUGCUCGCCUGGUCCGUCCCCGAUGCCCCAUCUACUGGAGCCUGAUGGAGAGGUGUGUGUGGAUGGCGGGCCCUCAGAGGUGUGUGUGGAUGGCGGGCCCUCAGAGGUGUGUGUGGAUGGCGGGCCCUCUGAGGUGUGUGUGGAUGGCGGGCCCUCAGAGGUGUGUGUGGAUGGCGGGCCCUCGGCUCGUCCCUCGGUGGGCGGGGGGGGCGGGGCCCUGUCCUUGCUCGUGUCCUCCCCCCACCCCAACAAGAGUGUGUGCUUCCAGAGGGAGCCGCCCGAAGGCUGCGAGAAGGUGCCGGUGUGUGAGGAUGCACUGGGUUCCGUCAUGACGCAGGUCCGUGUUCCUACUUCUUGCCCUGACCCAGAUAAGGUCAACUUCAGACCGCGGAGGGGCUCCACCUUUUGCCCCGUCAGUCUGCACAAGCCCCACCUACCCUCCAUAGACUUCCUGUUUCGCAACCUAUCGGUGUCGCCUGGCUCUGAGUGGGCGGGGCAGACAGGCACAGGAACGCCCUCUCUUGACUCUGCCACUACCAAGAGAGAGACUGAGAUGGGCAUAAGCAACCGGGAGAAGAGGUAGUGCUAGUGUGUGUGUGUGUGUGUGUGUGUGUGUGUGUGUGUGUGUGUGUUUGUGUGUGUGUGUGUGUGAGAGAGAGAGAGAGAAUGUGUGUGUUUUACUGUGAAAAAUUCAGGGUGAUGGGAGAACUGUGAUCCCUCUCUCCUUCCUUCAGUGUCUUGAAGGUUUUCUAUCGUUCUUUUUUUCUUUCUUUUUUUUAUAUAUAUAUAUAUAUAAAAAGUCUUCCUGUAUCCCCCUGAACAGGGUUGUUCACCAUAGAGCCAUAGAUCAGUGUCUGCUGGCCUGUGACUCAACAUCUGCCCAAAGGAAUGAAUGAGUUUUGAAAACUGAGUUUUGCCAAGAGUGUAUGGAAAUGCUGUAGAGCGUAUUACUGGUCUCCUCUUAGACAUGAUUCUCAAGCCAGUGUUAACAGCACCAAAACCAUAAUAAAUAUGUUUAAGAAUAAAAAUUAAAAAACCUAAAUAUAUAUAUAUAUACAUAAGAAAUUUGCAAAUCAUAGAAGACGGACCAAUUUUCAGUGAGGAUGUGUUGAGCAUUGCAUAUGAUAGGGCAUUGCUUUGUCACCAAAAAGAAAAGGAAAAAGUGCUGUAAGACGCGUGAUGCAAGUGUUUGAGGUUGGAAGGAACCGUGUCUUUUCGAAAGAAGGAAAACCUGACCUGUGCUGCCAGCAGCUAUGCAGACGCAAGUGAAAGACGUUGGUGCGUUCACACGGUCAACAUCAUGCUUCAGCCCAUCGCCACUGUGUUCACCACUGUAACCAUGACCUAUUGACCUAUCGACCUAUUGACCUUUCAGUUUGUUUCUCUUACAACUGUUUCUGUAGAGAACAGGUUUAUUAGAACUCGAGGAGGAAAGAGGCUGGUUCUUCACAGUUGGCAGACUGGCCAUGCAUUCAAAAGGACAGGACAGGUGCUGGCAUAAUGCCAUAUGAUAAGUGUUUAUGCUAUAAUGGUACAAGAAACCUCAGUUUUGAGUGAUGUGCAAAAUAUAUAUUUUUAACUAAUAUCUUGGUUUAAGACCAUAUCAUAUUACAAUCUUCUUUAUUUAAAUAUGGUAUUUAUUAAUUUUGAAAGGGAUGUUGUCAACCUUUUCUUAUACAUGCCAAAAGUAUACCUUACUGGGUAGUCUUUUAUUUCAUGUUUUGGACAUACAGUGUAUUUCUGAUUGUUUUGUUCUACAAUGUCAAAGAUGAGAGUUGAGCAUUUUCUUUUUCUUUUCUACUACAGGGUAGAUAGAUGUCUUUGUGAGAUGUUAUGCACUUUUUUUUAGUUGGGAAUGUUUUGAGUUCAAUCCUGUACUCUACUUGAAUUUACAUUUACACAAAAAAAAAAAAAAAAACUAAACUUAGACAGAUAAUUGUUGUACUGUCUGCAUAAGCUAUGAUCUGUUAGGCUGUGUUAGAACGACUGGUAUAAGCGCUAAUGUCACAUGCACUUAGAUUCAUGCUUUUUAUUUUUAUUUUUGGGUGAAAUUGUCACCUGCUUAUUUGAAUGCUUUGAUAUAACUGAUCAGAUUACACUUGUAUUUAGAUGACUUAAGGAUGAUUUACUUGGGAAUUAUUUGAUGGACUUACUGAAUGUGUUGCCGUUCUUGCAAACAAAUGUUUUGUGUCGUUUUGGACAAGAUAAAUACCUUUUUAUGAGC